GACAUAGAAUUACCCCCAAAGAGUGGUACUAUUGGUAAUUGUAAGAACUCUAUUAUGGGUAGUAUUGUCAAUAGGGGCAAAAUAGUAAAACAACAUUAAAAUAUAAAAUAAAAUAAAUAAAAUUUAACAUACACAUAAGAUAACCCAAUCUCCAUACAUUUCCCAUUCAUUUUUUUUUUCAUUUGCAGAAAAUACACUAACGUUCAAACAUUGGAAUCUCUUUCUUCUCCUUCAUCUCUGAAAAUCUCUGAAACCAUGUUCUGAAAAGUGAAAAAAGUUUCUUUCUUUCCAUUCUGUAAAAGUUGCAGAAUAGUACUAAAGACCUUAAACCCGUUUCUCUCUCUUUCUCGAUUUUGAUAUGUUGCCGAGGUCGAACGGUGCCGUUUGGAUAGAUGGGGACGAAGAAGACGCCGCUUCUUCUUGGACCAAAAACAACGAAGGAGUUGUUGUUGAACCCAACAACAACAACAACAAGGAAGAAGAAAUGGGUUUGGGUGCUAAUUCUUUCUCUUCUUUCAAAACCAUGCUCGAAACUGACUGGUACAUGAAUAAUGCUCUUAACCCAACUCCUUCUUCUCACCAUCUUCAUGGUCUUUCUCUUCCUCCUCCACCUCCUAAUAAUACUACUACUAAUCACCAUGAUAUUAGCUUCUGUAAUAACCCAGUUACUGAUCAUAACAAUAAUCUUCUCUUACAACCAAUUGACUCCUCUGCUUCUUGUUCUCCUUCUCAAGCGUUCAAUCUUGACCCAUCUCACUCUCACAACUUCUUACAAGCUAAAUCUUGCUUCUCUUCUCUUCUUAAUGUUGUUAAUAACAACCCUUUUGAUAAUGGCUUUGAUUUGAGCUGUGAAAGUGGGUUUCUCAACAACCCUGUUUUGAUGGGUUUCGCUGGACUUAAUUCGCAGCAGAAUCAGAUGGGUGGAACUACUCCGGAAUUGAGUUCUAGCUCUGAUUUUCCGGGUAAUCGAUUGCUUCCCUUAUCGGACGACGCCGCUGCACUCGGAGGUGGGUUUAGUCCGACGGGUUUCGAGGGUUUUGAUGGCUCGGCUGGUAGUGCUCUGUUUCUGAACAACAGAGCUAAGGUUUUGAGACCUCUUGAGGUUUUUCCUCCGGUGGGUGCUCAGCCAACUCUGUUUCAGAAACGGGCGGCGCUCAGGCAAAAUUCAGGUGGAGCUGAUAAGUUGGGGAAUUUGGAUGUUUCAGCUUCUACCAGAUUUGGGAAAAGUUUAGAGGGUUUUGAGAAAAAGAGGAAGAAGAGUAUUGAUGAUGGUGAAAUUGAAGAGAGUAUUGAUGUUUCUGGUCUUAAUUAUGAUUCUGAUGAUGCUAAUGAGUAUAGUAAGCUUGAGGAUAAUACUAACAAAAAUGGUGGUGGAAGUAAUUCUAAUGCUAAUAGUACUGUCACCGGAGGAGGAGAUCAGAAGGGGAAGAAAAAAGGGUUGCCGGCGAAGAAUUUGAUGGCUGAGAGGCGGCGGAGGAAGAAACUUAAUGAUAGGCUUUACAUGCUUAGGUCUGUUGUCCCCAAAAUAAGUAAGAUGGAUAGAGCUUCGAUACUCGGGGAUGCCAUUGACUACCUGAAGGAGCUACUGCAGAGGAUUAAUGAUCUUCAUAAUGAACUAGAGUCGACCCCUCCUGGCUCUUUGUUGCCACCUUCUUCAAGCUUUCACCCUUUGACACCAACACCACCGACCCUUCCCUGCCGUGUCAAAGAAGAACUGUUCCCAGGCUCCCUACCGAGCCCUAAAAACCAACCUGCAAGGGUGGAGGUUCGGCUGAGGGAGGGAAAGGCUGUUAACAUUCACAUGUUCUGUGCUCGGAGACCAGGUCUCUUGCUCUCUACCAUGAGGGCUUUGGACAACCUUGGAUUGGACAUUCAGCAAGCUGUAAUCAGCUGCUUCAACGGGUUUGCUUUAGAUGUGUUUCGAGCUGAGCAAUGCAGAGAAGGGCAGGAGGUGCUACCCGAGCAAAUCAAGGCGGUGCUUUUGGAUUCGGCUGGCUUCCAUGGCACAAUCUGACUCUGACAAGUUAGUAUGAGAAAGAAAAAAAGAAGAAGCUCCCUUACAAAUGGACAUGGAAAACCAAAUAUUUUCUAAGAUAGUAUAACUCCAAAGCUUGAAGUGGAGUUUUGUAAAUGCAAUUGUUUUUCAUUCCCAUUUUAGUAAAGGUGCAUCCACAACAACAAAUUCAAGAAAAGGAAAGAAGGAAUGUAGAUCAAAAUCAGUCAAAGCCCACCAAAGUCUGAGUAGGUUAAUUAAAAUCUAAUAUCAUUGUCUUUACUAUAAAUAUUUCAUUUCAUGUUGAAUCCUUGCAAAAACUUUCCAUUGUUGUCUCCACAACUACUGUUGUUAGCUUUUAGAAUAAUAAAAACUAUGGCUCUCUUAUUUGUUUUUUAAA